AUGGCUAACGUAAUUCCAGAAGCUGAGCUUUAUCCUGAGCUUUAUGGACUUAGGAGAUCUCACCGUGAAAAGCGAGCCACCAUUGUUGAAAGUGAAUCUGAAGAUGAAAAGCCCCAAAGAAAACGAAAACGGGAUGUGGACUCGGAUGUGGACGACGACGACAUUGGAAGCGAUACUGAGGGCAGCGACAUUGAGUUUGGUGUGACUUCCAAGCCAAAACGUUCAACUAGAAAACCGCCCAGCAGAUCGAAAAGUCAAACACCCACCGUGGCCGAGGUUCGAUUCUCGUCUCGGAACAGCCGACUGGUUAACUAUGCGGUUGACACUGAAAAUGACGACGAUUUGCUAGAAAGUGGAGACGAAGAUGGCUACGACGAUUACUACUAUUUUCAGCAGGCCGACCAAGAAGUGGAAGAACCCAAAAGUAUUGACAUGGUUCUCGACCACAAACUCAACCCAGACAACGCCGAGGUGACCCUGGACCCCAAGCUUGACUAUGUGUUUCGUAUAAAGUGGCUGGAUGCGCUGCAUCUUCACAAUACUUGGGAACCAUGGCUGGUGCUCAAGCUGUAUAAAGGGUUCCGCAAAGUAGACAAUUACAUCAAGCAGUACAUUUUGUUGGACCAGGAGAUCCGGUCGGACCCGAUGACCACCAACGAGGACAUAGAAGCCAUGGAUAUUGAAAGAGAACGUCGUCGGGAUGAGCAGGAAGAGUACACCCAAGUCGAGCGGAUAGUCGAUAGCGAGCGGAUUGAGGUUGAUGGAGAAAGUCAAUUGCGUUACUUUUGCAAAUGGAAACGCUUAUAUUAUGACGAGUGUACCUGGGAGAACGCCGAGGAAAUAGCACGGAUGUGUCCUGAGCAGGUGACAAGGUACCAGCAACGAGUCAACCUGAAAAUACUACCUUCUACUUCGGCCAAUUAUCCCCAGAACCAACGCCCGCGCUUUGAAAAAUUGGUGAAACAGCCGCUUUUCAUCAAGAAUGGUGAGCUCCGUGAUUUCCAACUCACCGGACUCAACUGGAUGGCUUUCCUCUGGCUGCGAAACGAAAACGGUAUCUUGGCAGACGAAAUGGGGUUGGGAAAAACCGUACAAACCAUAGCUUUCUUGUCGUGGCUCAUCUAUGCUCGCCGGCAAAACGGACCUCAUUUGGUAGUGGUACCUUUGCUGACGAUUCCAGCAUGGCAAGAGACGUUUGAAAAAUGGGCUCCCGACGUCAAUUGCAUCUACUAUCUUGGAAACACAGAGUCUCGUGCAACUAUCCGAGACUACGAACUUUACGAUGGAAAGAAGAUAAAGUUCAACGUUAUGUUGACGACUUACGAGUAUAUUCUCAAAGACCGUAAUGAGUUGGGGUCAAUUAAAUGGCAGUUUUUGGCGGUGGAUGAAGCUCACCGGCUCAAAAACGCAGAGCUGUCGUUGUACGAGUCUCUUAGACUGUUCCGAGUUGCCAAUCGUCUCUUGAUCACAGGUACUCCUUUGCAGAAUAAUAUCAAGGAACUUGCCGCUUUGUGCAACUUUUUAUUGCCAGGACGGUUCAACAUUGAUCAAGAAAUCGAUUUUGAAACUCCUGAUGCCGAACAAGAAAAGUACAUCAAAGAACUCCAGCAGAACAUCAAGCCAUACAUUUUGCGACGUCUCAAGAAAGAUGUGGAAAAGCUGCUUCCGCUGAAAACCGAAAGAAUUCUUCGAGUCGAACUCUCCGACAUGCAGACAGAUUACUACAAGAACAUCAUCACCAAAAACUACUCUGCGUUGAACGCCGGUAACUCAGGACUGCAAAUAUCUCUUUUGAACGUUAUGGCCGAACUCAAGAAAGCUUCAAACCAUCCAUAUUUGUUUGACGGUGCCGAAGAAAGAGUGCUUGGAACCCUGACAUCGUCUGCUAAUCGUGAAAGUGUAUUGCGAGGGAUGAUCAUGUCUUCGGGUAAGAUGGUUCUCUUGGAACAACUUUUGACUCGGUUGCGUAAAGAGGGCCAUAGAGUAUUAAUUUUCUCGCAGAUGGUUCGAAUGUUGGACAUUUUAGGUGAUUACCUUUCUAUAAAAGGCUACGCAUUCCAGCGGUUGGAUGGUGGAAUACCUUCGUCUCAGCGUCGGAUUUCCAUUGACCAUUUUAAUGCUCCAGACUCUCGAGAUUUCGUCUUCUUGUUGUCCACCAGAGCCGGUGGUUUGGGUAUCAACUUGAUGACGGCUGACACUGUCAUUAUAUUUGACUCGGAUUGGAAUCCCCAAGCGGAUUUGCAAGCCAUGGCUCGUGCCCAUCGAAUUGGACAAAAGAACCAUGUUUCCGUAUACCGAUUUGUGAGCAAAGACACCAUAGAAGAAGAAAUUUUGGAGAGAGCGAGAAAGAAGAUGAUUUUGGAAUAUGCCAUUAUUUCGCUUGGUAUCACGGACCCCAGUAAGAAGAGCAAGAGCGAGCCAAAUAGCAACGAGUUGAGUCAGAUCCUCAAGUUUGGAGCUGGAAAUAUGUUCAAGGCUAAUGAUAACCAAAAGAAGUUGGAAGAGUUGAAUUUGGAUGAGGUGUUGAACCACGCAGAGGACCAUGUGACCACUCCAGACUUGGGAGAGCUGAAUCUCGGUUCCGAGGAGUUUUUGAAACAAUUUGAAGUUACAGACUACAAAGCUGAUGUCGAGUGGGAUGAUAUUAUUCCACAAGAAGAACUAGCCAAGCUCAAAGAUGACGAGAAAAAGAAAGCCGACGAACAGUUUUUGCAGGAGCAAAUUGCAAUGUACUCUCGUCGUCGUGCUGCCGCCAAGCAAUUGGGUGUUGGCGAGCAAGAUGAAGAAGAAGACGAAAAUAUUUCUUCAGACGAUACCGACAAGAAGAAGAAAGCCCGCAAGCAGCAUAUCGAUAACCAUGAGUUAUCUGAAAAAGAGAUCCGUGGUAUCUACCGUUCUAUUUUACGGUGGGGUGAUUUGACUGGAAGAUGGGAACAGUUGGUGGAAGAAGGUAGUAUUUCCAACAAGAAUCCAGUUUUGAUCAAGCAUGCUUAUAAUGAGAUCAUUUCGAUGUCGAGACAAUUGGUGAAGGAGGAAGCAGCUCGUAGGGAAGCCGCCAUGGCCGAGUUGGAGCGCAAAGCAGAGGAGCUGAAAGAUCUGAAAGAAGUCAAAGAUCUGAAAGAACAAACGCCAAUGGCAUUGUGGAUGGCCAAGAAGAAGGAGAAAAAGGCUGUUUUGUUCGAGUACCAUGGGGUCAAGAAUAUAAAUGCCGAAUUGGUGUUGAUGAGACCCAGUGAUAUGCAUGCACUUUCUGACUUGAUUCCCAAAGCCAAACCGGAGAGUUUUGAACUUCCAAGUUCACCAAAGCAGGUAAGUUCGUGGACCUGUGACUGGACAGACAAAGAUGAUGCUAUGUUGAUGGUGGGAGUGUACAAAUUUGGCUAUGGUCUGUGGGUGCAAAUACGAGACGAUCCUGUUUUGGGGUUACAGAACAAGAUUUUUUUGGAGCCUCAGGGCGGGAAAGAAAAGAAAGACGAAGGAGAAGCUGACAAGAAAGAUAAAAAGGUUCCGGGAGCAGUUCAUCUAGGAAGGAGAGUAGACUAUUUGUUCAGUUUGAUCAAGGGCGAAGAAGAACCUGCGAAAAAGCGAGUUAAAAAACAGCCUACUAAGCAGGCUACAAAGCAAUCAGCAAAGCCGGCUGCAAAGAGUACAAAGGUGAAAAAAGAGACAAAGAAAGAAGCGAAGAAAUCGCCCGAACCUCGCCCCAAAAAGCCCAAAGUCGCCAAAAGUGCCACUAAGGGAAGAGCAUCAACCUCUCCGCCAGCUAACUCUCCUGCCCAUAGCUCACAUACAUCAGAAACCGUCGACAAAAAUGACGAUCUUGAGUAUGCUAGCAUGGACGAAUCUGACUGUAAAGAUGCUUUAAGACCAGUUUCCAAGUCAUUGAUGAAACUACACAAGGGCAACAAGGGCCUCGACAAGUCCGAGUGGGCGCACAUUCUCAAGUCAGAACUUAUGACUAUUGGUGAACAUAUUGACAAGAUUGCGAAUGAGGAACAAAAACGCAAUAAGCAUUUAUGGUCGUACGCCAGUCUUUAUUGGCCAGCCAAGGUUCCUUCACGAAAGAUCCACGACAUGUACAACCGGCUCAAGGCAAAAUCAUAA